AUGGGCGUAGCUGUGGAGACUAUUACGCCAGGAGAUGGAAAAGUGAGCUCCACUGCCGGUAAUCGCGUCACAAUAGAAUAUACGGGCAUGCUGGCAGAUGGAACAUUUGACAUAGCACACGGUCCAGGCUCAACCCCCUUAACCAUCCAAAUUGGCACGGGUGCCGUCAUCAGAGGUCUGGAUGAAGGCAUUACUCAGCUCUCCCUUGGACAGAGGGUCGUUUUGUGGGUGACCCCUGAAUACGGCUAUGGUUCCCGCGGUUUCCCACCAGUGAUACCAGCUAAUGCACCCCUUCGUCUGGAAGUGUGUUUAAUAAAAAUCAAUUGA